AUGGUGAACCUUGACACCAACCUGAUAUGGUCAUGGAACGUCGGGUCCGUCGAUCGCUCAGGAAGCGCGAUUGUAGCAAUUACGCCGACGAUUGCCGAUGCUCCCAGUACCGCCCACAGAUCACCACGGUCGGAUCUAAGCGGUGUUCUAUUCCAAUAUGAAAACCUUGUCUCAGUGCUCGGCUACUUUUCUGAGAUUAUUAGCGAUUACUCUGCCGAAAAAGGAGUCUGUAUCCUCAUAGAUGGUCGGAAAAUGUCACCAAAAGCGUUGAAAAACGUGUUACGGGCUUGCCAGCAAGCAUUCUAUCAUCGAAUACGAAUGGCAAUCAUCGUUCAACCAGACAAGUUCUUUCAUCAACAGAAAAUCAAUUUCGAUCUCAUCAUGGAAGGCUAUGAAUUUCGGGUGAGGGAAUAA